AUGGCUGCCGGGAAGUUACUGCUCUACGCCGGGCUCUCUCUUUCUCUCUGCGCCCUGGGCAUGCUGGCCGUGGCGAUGUGCUCUGACCACUGGUAUGAGACUGACGCCCGGAGAUACAGGGAGCGGUGCCGAAGCUUUUCCAGCCGCCGCAAGGACCCGGGCUUCAUCUACAUCCCGAACAACAGCCUGCCGCUGCGGGCCAGCCGGAGCAGCCUGCCCCGGUGGGAGGAGAAGCUGCUGCUGGCCCGGAACCGGCGGCAGCUGUUUGCCAUGAGCGCCGCGGAUGAGUGCAGCAGGCAGUAUAACUCGACCAACAUGGGGCUGUGGAGGAAAUGCCACCGGCUCGGCUUCGACCAAGAAAUCGAAGAUCUCAUCCGGAAAGGUUCCAUUGCAAGGUGCUCCUACAUCAAAUACCACUACUCUUCAGCUACGAUACCCAAAAAUCUCUCAUACAACAUCACCAAGACAAUAAGGCAGGACGAGUGGCACUCCCUCCACUUGCGGCGAAUGACGGCAGGUUUCAUGGGCAUGGCGGUGGCCAUCAUCCUGUUCGGCUGGAUCAUCGGCGUGCUUGGCUGCUGCUGGGACCGAGGCCUCAUGCAGUACGUGGCCGGUCUCCUCUUCCUCAUGGGAGGAACCUUCUGCAUCAUUUCCCUCUGUACCUGUGUUGCCGGCAUUAACUUCGAGCUUUCCCGUUAUCCACGGUAUCUGUACGGCCUGCCUGACGACAUUGGCCAUGGCUAUGGCUGGUCCAUGUUCUGCGCCUGGGGAGGUCUCGGCCUCACCCUCAUCGCCGGCUUCUUCUGCACCCUGGCUCCCUCCGUCCAGCCGAUACCCCGAUCUACCUGCCCCAAGUCCCGACAGGAGAAUGGCACCGUCUGCUAAAGCUGGCAGCCAUGAGAAGACCGACUGAACCCACAGUUCGACAACAAAGAAACAGAAAAACAGUUCCGUGUGCUCAUCCAUCCACUCAUCUCCAGCUUCUCCUGGUUCCAGAUCUUUUUUAAUUUGUGUGUGUUUUAAAAUGAAUGUCUUGAUGAUCUGC